GGAAACAAGGUCUUAGGGGGAGGAGGAGUUGCUGAACUUUGAUGGUGAGAGUGAGAAAGCACCAAAAAUGGCGCCCAAAAAGAAUCAGAAACAGACCCGAAAGCCCCAACCUUCUUCAUCAUCAUCAUCAUCAUCAUCAACCGCUCCAAGGCUGCAAAUCUCAGCCGAAAACGAGAACCGUCUCCGCCGUCUACUCCUCAACUCCGCCCCACAUCCUCCUCCUCCGACGGCGGCGGACGACGACACCCAAACCCUAACCCUAACCAAAUCCUAGAAGGCCAAGAAGCUCAAAUCCAUUUACGAGAAACUCUCCUGCGAAGGUUUCACCAACCACCACAUCGAGCUCGCUCUCUCCGCUCUCAAAGACGCCGCCACCUUCGAAUCUGCCCUCGAUUGGCUUUGCCUCAAUCUGCCCAGUGAUGAACUUCCCCUCAAAUUUUCCACCGGAGCUUCGUCGUUUGACAAAGGGGGUUCUGUUGGUGUUGUUGUUUUCCAAAAUUCAACAACCAGAGCUACCAAGGAUGAUGAAGCAGAAGCAGAAGCAGAAGCAGAAGCAGAAGAAGAAGCUGUAGAAACUCAGUUUUUGAUCAAGAGAAGACAGUUGAAUGAUGGUGGUGGUGGUGGUUUAGAUUCUUCAUUUCAAAAGUCUCAAGCUGAUUGGAUUAAGCAAUAUGUGCAGCAACAGGAAGAGGAGGAAGAGGAAUCUGAGAAUUGGGAGGAUGAAUAUGACUUCAAUGGCGGUGCGAAAAGUAAUAGGAUCAAGCAACAACCUAGGUCUUAUGAUGUUAUUGCUCAAGAGUGGGCUGCGAGGUUGGAAGCUGCGAGGGCCAAGGAAAAAGGGGAUAAGAAACAAAAGGAGCAGGCGGGGAUUGUCAUCCGGGAAUUGAAACAGGAGAUGUCUGCUCUUGGAUUGUCAUAUGAAAAUUUGGAGUUAGAAUAUAAUGAGGAGCAUGGUAAGAUCAGUUCUGACCCUGCAUCUGAGAGGGGUAAUGAGCCUUUUGAUUGUGUUGGAGAUAAUACCCCAUGUGAUGUGGGAGGUGAUUCGGUCGUUGCUUUGCCUUCUGAUGGAAAAUUAGUUGAUGGAGAUGAUGUGGAGGAGGAGGACCAUAGCAAGGAGGAAAAUCUACAUGUUGAAAGGGAUUCUGCUAAAGGAGAGGGUGGAGACAUUGAGCUUGGUGGGUUCUUCAUGGAGGAUGUGGCAUCCAAUGAAAUGUUGAAAGCGCAGAAGCAAGAGAAAAUUAAGAGGUUAUCUGAGGAGAAGAAGAGUUUGGAGAAAUUAGAUGGCAUUUGGAAGAAGGGGGACCCUCAAAAGAGUCCAAAGGCUAUUCUUCAUCAAAUGUGCCAGAGAUCAGGGUGGGAUGCUCCGAAGUUCAAUAAAGUUCUUGGCAGGGGAAAGAGUUUCUCCUAUACUGUGAGCAUUUUGCGUAAAGCUAGUGGGAGGGGCAAGAGCCGAAAAGCUGGGGGGCUGGUCACAUUUCAGCUUCCAGAUCAGAAUGAGACCUUUGAAUCUGCUGAGGAUGCACAGAAUAAAGUGGCAGCAUAUGCUUUGUUCCAGCUGUUUCCUGAUACCCCGGUUCAUCUUCCGAUUACCGAGCCUUAUGCUUCAUUUGUUAUUAAGUUGAUGGAAGGCGAAUCAUCAACCAAGCUAGAAGACAGUGAGGAAGACCAUAGGUCUCGUUUUGUGGAUUCAUUAUUACUUGGCAAUGGUUCUGGUGAAACUGCGUCUGUUGAUGUUACAGAUUGCAAGCCUCCUGAAUCCUUUGUUAGACAAGAUGAAAAUAAAAAUUCAACCCAUGCUAGUCCUCAACCAUUUUCUCAGAGAGAAAUCCAUAUGAAGGAAAUGGAGAGUGCUGAGUUGAGAAAAGCCCAAGGUAAUAAAAUGAGAAGCCAAAGAUACCAGGAUAUGUCAAAAUUUAGAGCUACACUUCCCAUUGCUGCACUAAAGGGUGAUAUAUUGCAAUUACUAAAGGAAAAUGAUGUACUUGUCGUUUGUGGGGAAACAGGCUCUGGAAAGACAACUCAGGUUCCACAAUUUAUAUUGGAUGACAUGAUUGAGUCAGGACUUGGCGGACACUGUAACAUUGUUUGCACACAGCCAAGGAGAAUAGCGGCUAUUUCUGUGGCUGAAAGAGUUGCAGACGAGAGGUGUGAACCUUCACCGGGUUUGCAAGGUUCCUUGGUUGGCUAUCAAGUUCGUCUUGAUAGUGCCAAGAAUGAGAAAACAAAGCUUCUGUUCUGUACAACUGGCAUCCUUCUGAGAAAAUUGAUGGGGGACCGAAACUUGACUGGCAUUACUCAUAUCAUAGUUGAUGAAGUACAUGAGAGGUCUUUAUUGGGUGAUUUUCUUCUAAUUGUGUUAAAGGAUCUAGUUGAGAAGCGGUCCACUGAAAGUUCUACGAAACUGAAGGUCAUUCUAAUGUCUGCGACAGUUGAUGCAACUUUAUUUUCAAGAUACUUUGGCCAUUGCCCUGUAGUUACUGCAGAAGGUAGGACUCAUCCAGUGACAACAUCCUUUCUUGAGGAUAUAUAUGAUCAGAUUAAUUAUCGACUUGCUUCAGAUUCUCCAGCUUCUUUAGCAUAUGGAGGGUUUCCCAAAGGACAUAAUUCACAGAAAGGUUCUGUGACAAAUAGCAGGGGGAAGAAGAAUCUAGUCUUAUCUGGAUGGGGUGACGAGUCUCUGCUUUCUGAAGAAUCUUCUAACCCAUAUUUUGUUCCAAGUAAUUAUCAAUCAUACAGUGAACAAGCCCAACAAAAUCUAAAAAGAUUGAAUGAAGAUGUCAUUGAUUAUGAUCUUCUUGAAGAUCUAAUAUGUUUCAUUGAUGAAACUCAUGGUGAGGGUGCCAUCCUUGUAUUCUUGCCUGGAGUGUCUGAAAUAAACAAUUUAUAUGAUAAGUUGGUGGCUUCAUACCAAUUUGGUGGGCAAUCUUCUGAUUGGGUCAUUCCUUUGCAUUCAUCAGUUGCAUCAACUGAACAGAAAAGGGUGUUUCUACGCCCUCCUGGAAAUAUACGUAAGGUUGUUAUAGCCACAAAUAUAGCAGAGACCAGCAUAACAAUAGAUGAUGUGGUAUAUGUAAUUGACUGUGGAAGGCAUAAGGAGAAUCGAUAUAAUCCACAGAAGAAAUUGUCUAGCAUGGUUGAAGAUUGGAUUUCUCAAGCAAAUGCAAGGCAGCGUCGGGGUAGAGCUGGAUGGGUAAAGCCUGGAAUUUUCUUUUGCUUGUAUACUCGCCAUAGAUUUGAAAGACUCAUGCGCCCUUAUCAGGUUCCUGAGAUGCUUCGUAUGCCAUUAGUCGAAUUGUGUCUGCAGAUUAAGUUACUAUCACUUGGACAUAUAAAACCAUUUUUGUCUGAGGCUUUAGAACCUCCCAAGAAUGAAGCAAUGGAUACAGCAGUAUCUUUAUUGUAUGAGGUAGGUGCUCUUGAAGGGGAUGAAGAGUUGACGCCUCUUGGACAUCAUCUGGCAAAACUUCCUGUUGAUGUAUUGAUUGGGAAGAUGAUGCUGUAUGGUGCAAUAUUCGGUUGCUUGUCUCCUAUUCUUUCGGUUUCUGCAUUUUUCAGUUACAAGUCUCCAUUUAUUUAUCCUAAGGAUGAGAAGCAAAAUGUUGAAAGAGCCAAAUUAGCAUUGUUAAAUUAUAAGAUAGAUGGAUCUGGUGACACAAAUGACAUGGAUCGUCAAUCUGAUCACAUUAUUUUAUUAAUGAUGAAAGCUUAUGAAAAAUGGGAGAAAAUUUUGAAUCAGAAAGGAACUAAAGCCGCGCAGCAAUUCUGCAAUUCAUAUUUCUUGAGCAGCUCUGUGAUGUUAACUAUAAGGGAGAUGAGGGUGCAGUUUGGAACUUUGCUAGCAGACAUUGGUCUCAUCUCUCUCCCAAAGGAUUAUCAGAAGGAUGGAAAAAAGAUAGCGAAACUUGACAGUGUUCUUUGUGAUGCAUCACAACCAUUUAAUAUAUAUUCACAUCAUUCUUCAGUUCUGAAGGCUAUACUAUGUGCAGGUUUAUACCCCAAUGUAGCAGCUGGUGAGCAAGGCAUUGUUGCAGCAACUCUCAGCAGCCUUAAGCGGUCUUCGAGCAAUGCAUAUUCUGGUCGCACGCUCUGGUUUGAUGGAAGAAGAGAAGUUCAUGUCCACCCUUCUUCUAUCAACAGUAACACAAAAGCAUUCCAAUACCCCUUUAUUGUGUUCCUUGAAAAGGUUGAAACAAACAAGGUGUUUCUGCGAGAUACUUCAGUGAUUUCGCCAUACUCUAUUUUGCUCUUUGGAGGGUCAAUUAAUGUCCAGCAUCAGACUGGACUGGUCGCCAUUGAUGGAUGGUUGAAAUUGACUGCACCUGCCCAAAUAGCUGUCUUGUUCAAGGAGUUACGAUUGAGACUCCAUUCCAUUCUGAAGGAGCUUAUCAGAAAACCGGAGAACGCCAUUGUCGUGAAUAAUGAGAUCAUUAAGUCUAUUAUCAAUCUGCUUUUAGAAGAAGGCAAUGUGCCUAAAUGAUUGAGCAUCAACUCAUGUGAUCUAAAGCAUUUAUUUAAACUAAACUCUGCCAGUUAUUCUGUUUGUGUAAAAGUAACUGAGAUUUCUCCUCCCUGAAAAGGAAAAAACCCCUUUUGGACCUUGUUGCUUCUUCCAGUCAUUUGACCAUUGAAUAUGACAAGUGAAGUAAAUUAACCA